CGCGGCACCGUUAGGCGCUGCGACUGCGAUCUCUUCGCUUUUAUUUACCACACACGCACAAACGGGGAAUACGCUCGCUCGUGUAUAAACAUGGCCGUCGUGCUUUGUAAUGAUGGUCAUCCGUGUCGGUUUCUACAGCCGAGUGUCGUGCACGAUUACGAAUAAUAUGGAUGUGGGACGCUAGCCCCGGGAACCCAGGCUGUUGUCUGGGUAAGCAAUGAAUGUACUUCGUAUUUUGACACCGUGUGUGUUACAACGCAGACGCGUUAGAGGUAUAGAUAGUGCUGAUAAAAGAGAUUCCUGGUUUAUGAGAAGACAGCGAGAUGCCUCUCACAUGACACAUAGAAUGGGUGCUUCUGCAUCAAGCAUUACCAACGUAGGUGGAGAUUCGGUUCAAGCAGCCAGACUUUCAGGAUCAAGUAGUCCAGAACAACAACAUGGCAUUGCAGUUAGUUGUUUAUUCAUGUAUAGAGAGAAGAAGAAGAAGAUGACAGGGUUUGCGACGCUGCGAAAAAAAUUUAUUAGGAGACGUCGCUCCUCGAAAGCAUGUGAUCAUGGUAGAAUUAUUAGAGAUCUGGUAUCCACAUGGAGUCACUUAGAGGCAACAGCUCUGCUUGAAGAAUAUGAAGCCUUAGCUGCAUUAAAAGACCUUCAUGUUCAAGCCGAAUUAGCUAGACCACCAGCUGCUACCUUUAAACAAGACUUAUCUAUGUUAUAUGAUUAUAAACAUUGCUCCGAUGUGGAUCUUGUAUAUAGAGGAGCUUGCUUCCCUGUUCAUAGAGCUGUACUUUCUGCCAGAUGUCCAUAUUUCAGGGAUCUAUUAGCCGGCUAUCCUGGAUAUGGAGCUAGAAUACGUUUGGACUUAAGAACCCCGCAUCUCGAGGUGCAGAUGUUUUCAGCGUUGUUACGGUAUCUCUAUACUGGUGAUAUUUGUUCGCACGAUGCAACGUUGGAAGCGAACCUGCUGCGUCGGCUCGGCGAAGAAUUUGGGACUCCAAAUACGCUGGAGCAUGAUCUCAGAUAUUUACUGGAUACCGGUGAUUACGCGGACGCCGCUCUCGUAUUUACUUCGGACAGUGAUUAUCAAAGACCGGACAGUGGAAGUUCCGAGUAUGGAUUUCGUCCGAAAUUAGAGCUGCCAUGUCACAAAGCGAUACUUUCCGCGCGAUCUCCUUUCUUCAGAAAUUUAAUACAAAGACGGACUAGAUCGGGCGAGGAUCACACAGAAAGGGCACUUCACAUACCUACUAGAAUAGUGUUGGAUGAAAGUGUGAUACCUAAAAGAUACGCUAGAGUCUUGCUACAUACUGUGUAUCUAGAUACCGUUGAUUUGUCGCUGAUACUAAGAGGGAGUGGUUGUGGAAACAGCGCUGGUAGUUUAGGAGAGGUUCAAGCUCUAACACACACGGGCCGAAUGCGACCGAGUCCUUUGGAAGAAGCUAUGGAAUUAUAUCAGAUUGGACGGUUUCUUGAGCUUGAUAUAUUAUCACAAGGUUGCGAAGAUCUUAUUUUAGAAUACCUUACCUUGGACUCACUGCCAACCGUACUCAAAUGGGGCAGUCAACCUCACGGAUCGGCGUGGGUCCACAGACAAGCGUUGAAUUUCUUGAGGGAAGAAUUUCAACAAAUUGCUUCGUCCUCGAUCCUUCAUCAAUUAGAUCACGCCCACUUAGUGAAUGUUUUACAGAGCCAUUUUUUACAAGCGAGCGAACUUGAAGUACUGCAGGCAGUGCUCAAGUGGGGUGAACACGAAUUAGUACGACGUAUGGAGGAUCGAGAACCCAACUUGCUUAGCCAUACCGUGCAUUCAGUGACAAGGAAAGGUAUCAAAAAGAGAGAUCUCAGCGACAUUGAGCUCCGAGAAAUAUUGAGUGAACUUCUGCCGCUUGUCAGAAUAGAUCAUAUAUUGCCGUCGAAUAGCGAAGCGUUAACACAAGCCAUUAGAAGAGGACUGGUUUCCACACCGCCAAGUCACAUGAUAGGAGACGAAAGAGAUAAUUUGCGGGUAAACGCGUGGAUAAGAGGUGGGAAGAAGAAUGGAAUUUUCGUGAGACCAAGGUUAUUUAUGCCGUAUUACGAAGAAAUUAAGGCCUUGGUGGAGGAACAGAUAAUUCAAGAAGCUGAAUUAGUCAGAUUACGAAGACCACGAUACAUAGCGGACAUACCGGACGCACUAUAUAUGGUUGAGGAUAAACCAAGAGUCAUGGGCACCGCUGGUGUUGACGUUCUUGCAGCAGCAUUUCCAGUACCAGAUUCUGCUACGAUGGCUGCAAUGUUGAAACGGGAACAAAAGUUGAAGCAAUCUGCCAGUUGUCAACGGGCUAUAAGCUUGCCGCUUUCCUCACGACAUGAAAUUAAUCGGCAAGUGCGACUCCGCGUAGUCAGGGAGUUCAAUUUACCUGAUACCGUAGCCGAUCUGCUAGAGAACACAGCGUCUUACAGUAUGAAAGAGCAAAACGAGCAGAGGAUGACAGAUAUAGAGGACAUUGACUCGCCGGGCAUGGGUAUUCGUGUGAGAACUACCGCCCCGGUGUGUUACGGGAGGAACAUGACAUUUCCUCGGCCGACUUCGUCUUACGCACAUAGACACGAACUUCCAGCUAUAGUGACUGAGGGAGAGAGCUGCAGACUUCUUGCCGAGCAACAAGAAGGCAAUUCCUGUAGCGACGGCCAAUUGUCGGGCGUAAUGCCGGACGUAGCGAUGGCGACGGCCUCCUUCGGCGCUUUGCAUUUAAUCGAGGAGCAGGAACUGGAAUUGGAUCUCGGUGACGGGGCGUCGCACCUUUUGCCGCACGUCUCCCCGUCAAACGGCGGUACCAUCGAGACGGCGCAGCACCGUUCAUCGCUUCCUCAUCCACACCUGAGGAAUUUCACGCCCCCGUACGACACGCCGUAUGUGUAUCAUCGCGCUGGCACUGCCUUACCGAGGGCAACCGUUUCAAUGUAUGACGGACUAUAGUAAGACUGUAAGUACACAAGAGGAAUCCAAUCGAUAAAACAUAUAUCGCGCGCUUAGAGAUGACGUCCAGGGCGCCUCGGGUCGUAAAAAGCAUGCGUGACGUCCACGAUAUUUAAUGGGUUAAUUAAUUAUCCGCUAAGUGCCCGGGUGCUCGAGAAUAUUCUAAGAAAAAAUUUUCCAUGAAUUUACAAUGUAUGUAAUGCCUUUACCGGCCUUGCCGCCGCUGCAGCUGGAUUAGUACAUUUACAGAAACAGGGUAUCGCAUGUGUGCUAUACAUAUAGUGACUGAAAAGUCGCGCAAAAAUCUUUCUCUGAACGAUAUCAUGAAAAAUAAUUUUAGGUUCAAGUCAUAUUAGUUUUACAAAUUAGGUUUGGAAGUCUCUGAUAAAAUAAAUAAAUUUAAAACUCAUUCUUUAAAUAAAAAAAUGUAUAAUUAGUUUUUUAAGGUUGGAUUUCUGAGUUACUAGAAAUUUUUUUUGUGUAUUUAUUUUAUGUGAAGCGAAGUUAGAAAACGUCAGGCUUGAUUUCAAUCCUGCCGCAAUAUUAUAAAUAAUAUAGACUGUGAGAAACGUGCUACUUUCACUUUCAUCGAAACAACAACGAUCAGGCAGGAAAUAAUCAUCUUAAAUAUACAGAUGUAAGACUAUUAAUAUUGACAGAUAGUGACUAUUCUUCAUUUAAUACGCCUUCUCUGUAUCGACAUGAGAUGUAAUUAUCAUUAAGAUACGCGCUAUAAAACUCGUUUAAAUAUAUGUAUUCGAAGAAUUUGUUUAUACCCGUCCUUAUAUAUAUAUUAGGUUACGGAAACUCAUUAUUUUCUACGUAGAUAUAUAGACACGCUCGCAUAAAAAUCAAUUGUUUAAUUAAUUUGAAUUGUAUUAUAUGCAUUUUGUUAUAUUUUUCGCAUUUUCUCCUAAACAAAAAUAAAAUUUGGCAUUGUCAGCGCUAUAGCUGCUGACAUAAAUUGUGAUAUUUGAUAAAAUUAUUGGUUUGAUAAUUGUUAUUUAUAUAAUAAAUUUUUCUUCUUGUAUUAGAAGAACACAUUUAUGUAAGAUAUCGUUAACUAUACGCGAUUUAUACGAGCUAUAAGUACCAAUUGUCUGCUUUGUAAAGUGUGUCACUCGCGUUUACUAUCUUGCGAAUCGUAAAUUUUGCCGAGCGAUAAUAAAUCGUGAGUCCGCGGAUUACUUGAGUGAACAAAUGUAAUAUCAUCGAGCGACGGCAAUUCACGAAUUCACGAUCGAUUGGCGAAGUUAUAAUUUAAAGCAAAUAGACCAACUUUUAAGACCAGAAUAAAAGAAUAGUGAAAUAGUUAUCAGUAGAUAGAUUAAUACUGUAUAGACUGUGAGAAAAUACAUCGUGAGAAUAGUAUUUUGACAUUUAUAUAGUUUCUGCAUUUCACAAAAGAAAGAGAAAAGAUAAUUAAGAUACUUCCAUUUGAACAUUUGCGAUUUUGUCUUUUUCUUUUUUUGAAAUUACUAGUUUUUAAACUAUCUGUCUGAUCAGAACAUGUUGACUAUGUUUGCUGAAAAAUAAAAUUUUCGAAUAGUUCAUCUAUUUUAUGACUCACAUGAUAGGUGGCUCGCUAGAUAUAUAUAUAUAUAUAUACAGGGUGUCCCAGAAUAGCCGUACAAU